AUGGACGCUCUGACAGAGGCCUUAUACAACAUAGUUAACGCAUGGUGGGCGGCGUUUCUGGAGACGAUACUUUAUAGCAUUUUUGGAGUGUUACUAUUGCUAAACAUCUGCAUCGUGAAGACCCGCGGCAGGACGAGCGCCAUGAAACCGGCAUUGAUCGUCCAGGCUGCUAUGUUUCUGGUAGCGACCAUCCAUCUCGGAUCAAACCUUUUCGAGAUCUAUGUUGGCGCAGCAAAAAAUGCGCUACUUGUCAUGAGGAUUACUGGGACAGAUAUGAUUUUUGACGGUCUGAGUAAUGGGAAAGCCAUGCAAAGGAGCGUGCUGGCUUCGAUCCUUGUUCAGAUCGCAUUCGUAGCUCAGAUCUGGCUAGGGGAUGGAUUUAUGCUGUUCAGACUGUGGAAAGUGUGGAACAGUGACAAGCGCGUUGUUAUACCUCACACUGUCGGAUUCAUCGCUGACGUGGCGUUUGGUAUUCUGGCAUUGUACCAGAAUGCUGCCGCGUUGGUCGAUCCUGAAAAGGAAACGAUGGGCCCCAAUCAAAUAGCUCGUGCAUUCGCCUUAGGUGACAUUUUAUACAUGCCGCUGAUCGCGGUGAGCCUUGCGGUCCACAUAAGCUGCUCUGGUGUUAUAUCGAGCUCCAUUACACCUCUUAUCGGAAUCACAUUCUCUAUCAUUAUAACGCGAAUGGGCCUAGGCAUAUCGGUCGAAAUGUAUGUGAAAGCACGGCGAAAGGAAUCCAGACACGUCUCGGAAGCAGCAGGAACCACGGGUAUCACGAACGACUCUUCGAUAGUCUUCGCCCAAGUUUUAGCGCCGCACUCCAUCGAAUUGAGCUUAACGGCGACUGCCUGA